AUGUCAGAUAUUUGCACCGCUUUUGAUAACUAUGAAAACGUUGAUAAAAUGGAUGCCCACUUUUCCUUCUAUAAAACGUUAAGUUUAAUUAAUGACGAUGAAAAAAUGUCUCAAGAAACCGAUGUUCUUAAAGCUAAUUAUAGCUUCUGGAACACUUCGUCACCAACAUCGUCAUCGUCCCAUAAAGGAAAAAAGAGAAAGUGCCUACUAAAGAUGGUAAUGGGUGGUCAGCGUUGGGAAAGCAAUGACCAUUUAGCAAAAGAUUGUGAGAAUCAUCCACCAUUGGAGAAUUAA